AGACGUAAGAAGGCAAGCAGUAUGGCGCAGGGUGGAUGAGGGAAAGGCAUCUAAUAGGAAGCUAGUCAUUUUCAAUGUGUAGUAAAGCUUCAGAAUGGCUAGCAACAGUCAGUCUAACAAGAAAGAUACUCAAGAAAGCGAAGGAAAUGAAGAGAAAUCUGUUGGUACUGAUAAUACUGAUACCAUGAAGACUUUAAUACAGGACACGAAAUCAAAAUCUAAACAAAAUGGCGAACAAAAUGAAAGUGAAGUGCCGCCGCCUUCUGAUAGCACUGCUAAGCAGCGUAGGGUUAGCACACUUGAACAGAAAGAUGAAAAUGAACGUCCAGCCGUCCCGAAAUCAGCAGAGGAGCCUCUUCGGAGAAAUUUUCAGAUUCCAAGGAAAAACAAAGAGAAAAAAGCAUUGUUUCAGCCCAUUCCUUUGGGCUCUCGAGAGUUUGAAGAAGUGAUAACUAUACUGAAUACCUCUUACUUGGAGAUGUCUUCUAUAGGCAACUUCAGCUACAGGAAAGCUAGUGCUGUGCACAAUGAACUGUUUGAAAAGGAGUUCAUUGAGAAGCGCAGGGAAUUGAAGAAUGAAGGUCGCACUGAAAAAGAACUUGCAGAAACAUACGCGUUUUUACUAGUUGAUAGAUCCCAGGUGCAAAACAUUUGUGAGAAGGGGCUGCAAGCUGGACAUUCCAAAAUCACAAUCCUUGGCAAUCCUUCAUUGGGUGUUUAUCUUUCUAAACAUGCUGAUUUACUUCAAGUCAAUCCUUUGGAUGCUGGUGUUGUUGGAGAUAUCAUAAUCUUUAAAAUACUAAAGGGGAGAGUGAAAAGCAUAUAUGAUAAUCAGACAAAAAGUAUGUUGGAUCCAACGCCUAAACAUGAAUGUCACAUUGCAAAGAAUGCUGUUCGUGUUAAUUCUGUGUUGGCAUACAGAGCGUUUGAACUCACACAGUAUUAUUUGUAUGAAUACAGCUUUGAUGAAAUCAAACGUCGACCAACUCAUGUGUGUCCAUUUGCUGUUGUAUCAUUUGCUUACAAAGACAAAGAGACGUUGCAGGUACCAAAACCUUUGCCACCAUCAAGAGUAAACAACAGGAAUAUAGAAAAAAGUGCAGAGGCGCCUACUUUUACACUGUGGCGAGGCCAACUCCUUAAUAAAGGGAAACUUUUAUGUUAUGCAUUUUUGAGAUCGGCCACUCGUCCUUUCCUUCCUGCUAAAUUGGCAGAGAAGCUUGACAUUGACACUGCCAUGAAUAUUGAUAACUUGAAAAAGAGAAUUCCUGCAUCUUUGCUGUGCAUGGAAACAUUCAAAGGGGCAAGGGAAGUUUUGAAAGGUGGAAAGUAUUGCAGUCUGUAUGAGUUGGUGGAGAAGACUAGAAUUGGAAGUAAUAUUGAAGCUCUUAUUCAAAAGCUGGAGAAAGAAAAAAUGGUUCUGGUAAAACGAUUAAUUGAUAAAGGAUUCCUGUACUUGCUUUCUCCUUUACAAAUGGCAUCACCAUAUGAUUCCCAAGGAGGGAGGGCUCGCUAUCUCAUGGCACUGUUUAUGUUUCAUGAACCAAGAAGUGUGGUAAGAUGUGCUCAGAAGAAUGCAAAUGUGGCUCCAGCACAAGGGAUUGUUGAGGUUAUGCCAGAUCUAAUGAAAUUUAUUCCUGCUCUGCAUUUUGGACUUUUCCAGUCACGUAAAGAUAAGUCUGCACAGCUCAGUACUGUUGUAGAAAAACAUGCUGGAGAGUACUUAAAAAGGAGACCGGGCACAUUUGGUAAGAACAGAGAAUACAUACUGUAUCCAUACGAAGGUCGACUGGAUGAUAAAAAAUUUCUGUAUUCAGCACCCAAAAAUAGAGCUCACAUUGAUAGUGCGAUACGUGGCUACAUUUUUGCAAGUGAGGCAUACACGGUACCGUUGGGAAAUGCAAAUAAGAUAAUUGAAGAUUCAAAAAAAGUUGAACAGUUUAGUCCCGUUUCUGAUUAUGAAAACCAAGAACAAGAAAAUGAUAGUACAAAUGCUGUGAAGACAGAGAAAGAUACAGAAGCUGCACAAGUUGCCAAAUUGUGUCGGAAUAGUGCUGACUAUGACCCAGACAGAGUGAAAGACCUUAUAAACUUAAUUCAGAGCAAAAAAAAAGUUGCUGGAGAACCAGGUGAUAAUGAUGGUGAUUUUGUGAGCAAUGCUGGAUUAAAAAGAAAACUCGAGUCUGGUUCUGAAAAAUUGUCUAAGCACAUGAAGAGAAGUAAAGGUGCAGAAAACAUGGAACCAUUUGAAGGUGUACCAGAUUCAUCUCGCUUAGUUUCUUCAUUUGUUGAUGGACUUGGUGCACAUGACACAGACUUGCGAGAACAUAACUUCUCUGAACCAGUUUCUGAGCCUGACCAUUUAGUCAAACUCCUCCUGGAAACACUGGCUACCUCUGGAGGCCUAGAAACUUUAUUGGGACAUGCUGCAAAUCUUGGACUGACAAGUGGAGCAGAUCAAGAUCUGAGACACAACCACAUGUAUGAUCCAGGGAGUCUGAGAAAUAAAGAAGGAUAUGGUGUCCAUGUUCAUUCUCAAGAUGAAAGCAUUGCAUAUAAAGAUUUUGAUGGUUCUAUGUUGUCAGCUACAAGUUCUUCAUGCAUUUCUUGUUCCGGUGACAUUGAUCUUCGAGUUGUAGGUGGGAAUGUGCCUGGGAAAUGUUCAGUCCAUUCAAAAAUGGAGGUUUCCAGAGAAAAUCCCGAGGACUUGGGCACAGGAAAUGCUAGCAGUCCGGAGGGGUAUAGUCCUUGCCCUAGUACACCAAUUGAACAUGUAUAUCGGAGGGAGAACUCCACUUCAGAUCCUACAGUAGAAAAUCAAGUGCUUUGGAAACUUAUACCUAUUACAGGCAUAAAAUCACCUGAAGAACAGCUGUUGUAUCUACCACCGAAAGAUGCCCUACCUUAUGACCCUCGGGUAGUACGAAGGCAGAGAAGUGGAGAUUACUUGUCUGUGCAUUCAUUUUCAGAAUUGAAAAGUACAGCAGUGGAUGGAGCAUUACAUAGACGUUUAAAAAAUUGGCGAGAUGUUGGGAUGUUUUCUGACUUCCGAGAUAAGGAAACAAAAUCUCCUUUAAAUGAAAUGAUAGAACGUUCAGUAUUUGAAGAAUAUAUGGUCUUCUCUAAGAAAAUCCAGGAACUACUGAAGGUUAAAGAUAUUGUUUAUGAUUGUGAAGCAGUAAAACCUGUUAUCUUUGCCCCUGACAAUAUAUCUGACUUUUCACGGUAUUUGAAAUCCCCACUCAAUUAUAUAGUCAUCCAGCAAUAUGUAGAUCAGCUGCAAGAAAAGAUUAACCAUAUUGUGUCAUCUGCAGGGCCAUCUGCCUCUGUAAGAUAUGCCUGGUUAACUAGUCCUGUGUCUGAUGCAGCAGCAGAUCCAUCUCGUGCAACUCCACGCUUCCCAGGUGAGCAGGGCUUGCCUGUUCACAGUAAUGUUAACAUUUCACACUUAGCAGGACAGUUUUCCAGUACUUCAGUAUCACAGUUACCAGGACAUUUUCCUAAUACGUCUGCAUCACAGUUAACAGGAGAGUUUCUUAGUACUUCUGCACCACAGUUAAUGGGACAGUUUUCUGGUACUUCUGUGCCGCAUUUGCCGGGUCAGUUUUCUAGUAAUUCAUCUCAGUUAACUGGACAGUUACAUGGUACAGCUUCCUCGCAGUUAGCAGGGCAGUUUCCCAGUACUUCUGUGCCACAUUUAACAGGGCAUUUUCCUAAUGCAUCUGUCACACAAUUACCAGGACAGUUUCCUAAUACAGCUGUCUCACAGUUAACAGGACGGUUUCCAGAAGUGUCUGAGGCACUAUUGCCAAGGCACUUUCCUGAGCAGACUGUCUCACACUUACCAAGACAGUUUCCUGAGACACCUGUCUUAUGCUUACCAGGACAUUUUCUAGAAGCUGCUGUCUCACACUUACCAGGACAGUUUCCAGAAGUGGCUGUCCCACAGUUAACAGGACACUUUCCUGAGACAUCUGGUUCACAUCUUAUGGGACAUUUCCCUGACAGAACUAUUUCACAGUUACCAGGACACUUCCCUGAUUGCCCUGUGCCACAGUUAACGGGACAGUUCCCUGAUAGACCUGGGCCACAUUUAACAGGCCAUUUUCCUGGUGCAACUGUGUCACAUUUACCUGGGCAUUAUCCAGAUGUUCCUGGGCCCCAGUUCAUGGGACAGUUUCUGAAUACUUCAGUUCCUCCAUUUCCGGGACAGUUUCCUAAUGCUUCUGCAUUGCAGUCAGUAGGGAACUUUGGUAAUGUUUCUGUAAAUUCAGAUAGUAAGGAUUUUGUUUCUGAUCAUACUACCAUUGAGACCGGCAAAAAGUUAGCUGAAGCUGUUAACAUUCUUCCUAAGAAAGAGGAAACUUUAACAUCCAGUAUGACCACAAACAUUACAAGUCAGGAAGAAACAAAGACUACUCCCGAGUCACUAGAGACGUUAAGCAUUUCAGCAACUCAGCCUUCUUUGUCUAACCUCAUUAACCAGCUAGAACCUGAAGUUUUCAACAGCUUGGUCAAAAUCAUUAAAGAUGUCCAGAAGAAUACAGUCAAGUUUUAUAUUCAGGUAGAAGACAAGAAUCCGGUCUGCACAGAAAUUAAGGAAUACCUAACAAAGUUAGGAAACAUUGAAUGUCAUCCCCAGCACUUUUUGGAGAAAAGAAACUCUGUGGACAAACUUCUGAUAAUAAUUCAGAAUGAAGAUAUUGCCACAUGUAUUCACAAGAUCCCUGCACUGGUGUCUUUAAAAAAGCUUUCCUGUGUAAACUUUGCUGGUGUGGACAGCCUGGAUGAUGUGAAAAAUCACACUUACAAUGAACUGUUUGUUUCUGGUGGCUUUGUUGUGUCUGAUGAAUCUGUGCUGAAUCCAGAAUCUGUAACCGUUGACAAGCUCCAAAGUUUCUUAAAGUUUCUUGAAGAGCUGAACACUCAUGAAAGCCAGUGGCAGUGGAAGAUUCACUGUAAAAUACAGAAGAAGUUGAAGGAACAAGGAAGGAUGAAUCCUACAGUUUUAAAUGUAUUGACCCUGUUGAAUACCUACCAGAGGAAGCAUAGAGUUGAAAUUUUGUCGUAUCAUGACUGCGACUCUCAGUCCAGAAGUGCUCCUGAAUUAGACUGUCUAAUCAAACUUCAAGCUCAAAACAUACAUCAGAGACACACAGUAUUUUUAACAGAGCGAAAUGUUGAGACAUUUUCCAAUUAUUCAGCUAAUGGCAUAGUGGUUACUUCGAUGGAACAUUUCAUGCACAAUUUUUCCUGUCUUAUUGGCUAUCACAGCUCCACUGCAGAGGAAAAAUGCUCUACACAUUUGAAUGUACAAGCGACACAAGAAAGACAACUAGAGAAAGAUGAGGAAGACAUGUCUUUGGAUUCAGAAGAUGAAACAACAGAAAUUGAAGUGUGUAAUGAAGCCUCAAAAAAUGAGGGCCAGAAGGGGUUACUGGAGGUAGAGAAGAAAUCUGAUGACAAGGAAUCCCAGGAAUCCUACAGUGAAAAUCAAAGCAUUUCAGUAGAAGAAAGAAAAUCCAGUCUCAUUUCUGAAGAUGUGCAGUCAGCUGUGCCAGCUUCAAUAAAUUUGCCUGUUCCAGGUGAUAAAAGCUCAGUAGGACAAGAAUGUCGUGGCUAUAACAACUUUGGGUUUUACCAGAGUUCACAGCAAGACACUUCUCAGCAGUUUAGCCAGUUUAAUGUUUUGACUCACCAAAGUUUUCUUGAUACAACACUUGGGACGUCACGUACCACGUCACGAAAUCCAACUCAGAAUGCAAAUUACUUUGUGCCGGGAUACAGUCAAAAUGUGAAUAGUAUUUCUGGUUCUAAUAGCUGGGCUAACCAGUGGAAUGUGAAUAAUAGUACACCUGGAUCAUAUAUGAAAGGUUACAAAUAGAAAUCUAUUACAGUUUCUUUAAAAAAAUACAGAAAGUAUAUGGUGGACUUCAUCUGAAAAAUUGACAAAAAGAAAAUGAAAGGUGGUUUAUAUUUGUAUUCUUAAUGGAAAAAUAUAUGUGUAUGUGUUUGUAUAUAUGUACACACAUACACACACACACACGAGCAUGCAUAUAUACAUAUAUAUGUAUAUAUGCAUGUCCUUUACUGUUUUUCAUGUCUUAUUUCAACAUAGUGACAUGUACUACUAUGAAACAUCUAUACUUUUGAAUAAAUAUUUUAACAUGUGUAUUGGAUUGCCUUGUUUCCCAGCACUUUUAAUUAUUUUUAUAUUUGUAUUUGGUCUGUAUGUUAACUUUUUAUCAAUUUUGUUUAUUUUAUGUAUAAAAGCUGAAUGCCAGCCUACAAUACAGUAUAUGAAGUGGAAAAACUUCACUUAUUUUUUUUUAAGUAAACUUACAUAUUUGAUAAACCACUCCCAUUUAUUUUAUAAAUGAUAUGGUGGUUUAAGUAGUUGUAUAUACCUUGGUUUGUUUUGGCUAUUAACUUGUAAAAUAUUUUACAUUAAAACAGAGGUAUAUGAAGUGUUUAAUUGUAGACAACAGGUUUGUUCAUCUAUUAAUGAUUGUUGAUGGAGAGCAGAUAAAUUUUCUAGCAAGAAAGUAUUUUUGUGUGAAGAAAGAUGCAACUUUUGUUAAGUCUCUGAAUGUCAUGAUUCAGAGACUGUGUAUUGUAAACAUGACCAGUAUUUCAGCUAUCCCAGGAUUCAACAUACAAGCAUCAAUUGACCAAGUUCAGUACUGUCCAUUGGUUUCUGUAAAACUUUUGAGGCAUCUCUUCAUUUGAGUGUGUCUAGCAAGCAGUUAGAUCAUACUUUUCAAGUUGGGGGGCAUUCAUUAUGGUGUAUGCUGUACAUUUUUUGGUAGGCAUAUUGCACUGCAUAAAGAAACAUCCCAAAUUUUGAAGACUGCAAUGAAAUUGUUAUCUAUUAUUUUGUAUCAUCACUGACUACUCAAACUAAAUACCUCAACCAGAAAACCCCUUUGUUGCAUUUUUCUAAAGAAAAAAAACUUUGUACAUAGGGUUGUAUAAUUGUGAAAAUGUUCCGAUAUGUAUAGCAUAAUCAAUAAAUUAACAGUUACAUGUAAAUAUUAAUGACAAUA